AUGGUGGAUGACCAGCAGGGAGCCGAGCUCUGCUACCCUCAGCGCCUCAACUCGUCUUGCAGGGGUAUAAGGCGCCCUCGCACUGAGGCCAUCCUCUCCUAUGCUUUGCUCUCUUCCAUCGCUGUCCUCACUGUUGUUCUCAACCUGCUUGUCAUCAUCUCCAUCUCUCACUUCAGACAGCUUCACACCCCCACCAACCUGCUCCUGCUCUCCCUGGCCAUCUCGGACCUCCUUGUUGGGCUGCUGGUGAUGCCGGUGGAAAUGGUGCGGCUCAUAGAAACCUGCUGGCUGCUGGGAGAUCUCAUGUGUGCUAUGUCUCACAUUAUAGCCUUCACUCUUACCUCGGCCUCUGUGGGGAACAUGGUGCUCAUAUCGAUCGAUCGCUAUGUAGCUAUUUGUCAUCCUCUGCAGUACUCCCACCAAAUCACUCGCAGUCGAGUGGAGCUGUGUGUGUGUCUGUGUUGGGCCUGCUCAAUCCUUUACAACGGGCUGAUCUUAAAGGAACAUCUGAGGCAGCCCGACAGAUAUAACUCUUGCUUUGGGGAGUGUGUGGUGGUGAUUAACUAUGUUAUAGGAACAGUAGACCUCGUGUUCACCUUUAUCGGCCCCUGUGUGGUCAUCCUUGUUCUGUACAUGAGAGUGUUUAUCGUGGCAGUGUCUCAGGCUCGUGCCAUGCAGACUCAUAUUACAGGGGCUGCAGUCGGCAAGGUUCGAAUCAACGCAGUGAAAUCAGAGAGAAAGGCGGCCAGGACUCUGGGCAUAGUCAUACUGGUGUUUUUGAUAACUUUCUGUCCAUAUUACUACCCCUCUCUUGCAGGACAAGACAUAUCAAACAGUGCAUCGUCGUGGGCCAUCGUGACUUGGCUGCUGUACUUUAACUCUUGUUUGAACCCUCUCAUAUAUGCUUUGUUCUAUCCGUGGUUUAGAAAAGCGAUCAAGUUCAUUGUCACACUGAAGAUCCUGGAGCAGUACUCGUCUCUGACUAACAUACUUUAA